GGGUGUGGCGGUUUCUGCGGUUGCACGGGGUUCGGACGGGUACGGAGCGCCUGGAGGGACAGCCCGGAUAAAGGUUCACUGAUGGCUCAGUUGGGAGCAGUUGUGGCUGUGGCUUCCAGUUUCUUUUGUGCAUCUCUCUUCUCAGCUGUGCACAAGAUAGAAGAGGGACAUAUUGGGGUAUAUUACAGAGGUGGUGCCCUGCUGACUUCCACCAGCGGCCCUGGUUUCCAUCUCAUGCUCCCUUUCAUCACAUCGUAUAAGUCUGUGCAGACCACACUCCAGACAGAUGAGGUGAAGAAUGUACCUUGUGGAACUAGUGGUGGUGUGAUGAUCUACUUUGACAGAAUUGAAGUGGUGAACUUCCUGGUUCCAAAUGCAGUGUAUGACAUAGUGAAAAACUAUACUGCCGACUAUGACAAGGCCCUCAUCUUCAACAAGAUCCACCACGAACUGAACCAGUUCUGCAGUGUACAUACACUUCAAGAGGUCUACAUCGAGCUAUUUGAUCAGAUUGAUGAGAAUCUCAAACUGGCUUUGCAACAGGACCUGACCACCAUGGCUCCUGGGCUUGUCAUCCAAGCUGUGCGGGUGACAAAGCCCAAUAUACCUGAGGCGAUCCGCAGAAACUACGAGCUGAUGGAAAGCGAGAAGACAAAGCUCCUUAUUGCAGCCCAGAAACAGAAGGUGGUGGAGAAGGAAGCCGAGACAGAGCGGAAGAAGGCCCUCAUUGAGGCAGAAAAAGUAGCUCAGGUUGCAGAAAUCACCUAUGGGCAGAAAGUGAUGGAGAAGGAGACUGAGAAGAAGAUUUCGGAAAUUGAAGAUGCCGCGUUUCUGGCCCGGGAGAAGGCAAAGGCUGAUGCCGAGUGCUACACUGCUAUGAAGAUAGCCGAAGCCAACAAGCUGAAGCUGACCCCUGAAUAUCUGCAGCUGAUGAAGUACAAGGCCAUUGCUUCCAACAGCAAGAUUUACUUUGGCAAAGACAUCCCUAACAUGUUCAUGGACUCUGCGGGCAGUCUGGGCAAGCAGUUUGAGGGGCUAGUUGACAAGCUAAGCUUUGGCUUAGAAGAUGAGCCCUUGGAGGUGGCCACUAAGGAGAAUUGAAAAACAAAUGUAUACAACCUCAGAUGACACUUAAAGAGAUCUUUAUUUUUUAAGGUGAAUCAGAAUGCUCCUCUCUCCCACACUACCUUCUCUGACUCUCUUCGAGUUACUGUGGUGAAAAAGAAGAAAUGGACUUAAAUCUAUUCCCCUUCCUGGGAGGGCAGGGCAGGGAUUGAUGAUUUGGGGUUUUAUUCAGGUAAGUAGAUUGCUUAUGAUAAGAUUUGUAAACCAUGGAUUUGACCUUCGACCUCCAGGCACUGAUUUUGUCCCUUUAAAGCUGGCUUAAUUAGAGAUGCUAUCAUUAAGGAGUGGGAGCAGUGCAGGGUGUUGCCUCCAGAUGGUUUGACUUCCCUUAUUUGAGAAAAUGCAGUCCACUGUUCUCACCCCUGCCUCCAAGGUGGGAGAUGCCCGUGGGAGAGGCCAGCAACUGAGCAAAUACAUGCUUGAAGUUUGCAGCAGAGCCAUAGAGAAACAGCUGCAGAGAAUGUUGGACUUCCCUGGUGGUUUUGUCAGUGCAUGUGCGAGUUAUUUCGGAGGCCUACUCUUUUGAGCCCUCAUAAAGAAGAACUGGUGCUAGGUUUUACAAGAUUUUCUAUAUACCAUGUUCCUUGCCCUAGGGCUCAAAGAGUGGUGGUUUCUGACUCUGUUUCCACAGUCAGAGCUUGGUCAUCACCACACAAUUCUUUUUGAAACUUUUCACCUAUUCUGUGAUUUGGUUUUUUCUUCCCAAAUAAUCUGUUCAUUGGUUCCACUCAGCACGAAGAAGACAGGAACAGACAACUGAAGUGUCUUAAUAGCUGCUGAAGUGGGAUCAUUAUAUCUAUUAGCUACUGCAGUACCUGCUUAGCAGAUUAUGUAUGUACCUUGAGAUCAAGUGUCUUUUUAUUGUUGUGGAGAUUCUACAUUGAAAAGCUCUUACAUGGUGUAUGGAGGGGGAGGAAGAGUCAGCCAAGAGAUUUCUUGGUCUUAAUGCCUAUGGCUUGUGCUGGGAGCUUGUCUGACAUAGUGAUAAAAGGGAGCCUAUUCUCUAAAUAGCAUGUGUUUUUAAAUCCAGGGCUCCAGGUGGCUACACAGGGGUCAGACUGAAUGCUAACCCUCCAGAGACAGCUGUGUGGAUGCAAGUCAGAGUUCAUGCCAAGUCCCUGGGUUGGACUGGCUGUGUCAAAAUCUGUUCAGAAUGUUUUCUUUUUCAUAAAUAGUUAGAAAAGUUUAGAGUCACCCUGGGAGAUUUGGGAUGGGGAGAGACAACGAAACAGAGGUUUUUUUUAUAGCCUGAAAUUGGGGUGGAGGGUGGGGGAUGUAAUCUAUACAGCCCAUGCAUUGUGCACAGGUUUCUUAUGUGGAGGGCAACUAUCUAGGGUUCACUCACAAGCUCACUGGUACCCUCCAUGACCAGCUCUAGGUUAGGAGUCAGCCAUACUAUUAGCUGCCACCCCCAAAACUCCUACUGUACCUCUCUUCCCUAGGUGAAUGCUGUGAAUGAUACUUGCUGGCACCAAGCCUCACCUCACUUUUGGUUCCAUGCCCAGACUUCUAGUUUACUGAAUGGUCCCAGAACUCGGGCCAACUUGCUCCUCAGUAACAUCAGGCUUGUCAGGAGUUUGGGGAGCAUUCAGCCUGCCUGGAAAGAUAGAAAGUGUUAACUCCCCUUCAAAUGUUGCCCUUCUCUGUUCUAACUCCUGGGAUUUAGAAUUCUCAAACAUCUGGUCCUGGUCACACUUCGUGCAGGUAGCAAAAUGUUCCUGGGAGUGACAGAUUUUAAUGUGCUCAAAAGUCUUUGCAGAAGAUCUCCUAAGACCUGCACAGGAUAAAUAUUAAAAUACAUUCAUCUUCCUCCCAUUUCAAUGCUAAUAAUCACUUGUAAGGAGCAACAUGACACACCCAGUAUGCCCUAUUCACAUAUAUGUCUGCUCCUUUUACUCUGAGCUCUUGCUGCCUGGGCCUCAGAAAACAACACUUCACUAUAAUGGAUUCAGGAGCAGGGAUAUCUUAGCCUCUCUAAAUAGCAUGCUUUGCUCAGGAUCUUAACUUGAAAGCCUCUCUGGUACUGACACCCUGUGAGAGCCUCAAUAGAAUAAAGUCCUGAUGCAACUGCCCCCCCCCCAAUGUUAAUGUCACUCUGUCUUUAAACAAAAAAUAUAUUGUCAUACCCAUUAGCAUAAAUCCUAUGGUUGUCUGUACCCAUCUGAACAGUAAAAUCAUGGAAGUCAGCUGUUUCCUUAGCAUGGGACAACUAACCCAUCUGUCUGUGUGACUGUUUUUUUAACACUAGAAAAUCUGAUCUUAAAACAUUUGAAUUCUAAGCAUGUAAAAUGUGAGAGCCUGCAAUUUUGUAGGCAGUGGAGUGAUGGCUGCUAUUUAUAAAUGGAACUUCUAUCAAAAUAGGUAACUGUUUAUAAAAUUCAGUUUUUGUAGGAUUUUCCAAGGAAAAGUCACCUUGGUUGAAUGUUUCUUAUUCAUUAAACUUUAUAGAAGCGAUUCAUAUUCAGUACUGUUUUAAUCACUUUUUUUAAUAUAGGGACAGAAUGUCUGCAAGGAAACCAAAGUUUGUUAAUAAUUUUUAUAUAACUAAAAAAAAAUAGAUUCAGAAGGAUCUGUGAUCAUAUUAAGUUGGGACAGGAGUUGGGGUAAAUCACUGAGAGAAUCUUAGCAAUGUAGUGAUCCAAAAAAAGGAGAUGUUUUAUAAAUGACCUGUAGCAGUUUCUGUGGGUCUGUGUAUCUUUGAACACUGAUAAUUUUACCAUUCAAAAAGUAAAUAGUGCAAGUAAGGUGGUCGUAUUUAUUGCCUUAAUUGUCUAUUUAAGUUUGAUUGAAGAUAAACUGUAUCUUGGCUAGUGGCUACUCUGUCUAUGAACUUAACCACUACUUCUUUAGUCCUAUUCAGUAGGGUUCUAGCCACUGUUUUUGUUGUUUCCCAUAAAAGAGGUAACAGCCAGUCAUAUUGUUUGUAUUUCCAUUCCUUUUUAUUUUUGCUUUUGUGUAGCCUGGUGAUUGAAUAAUCCAACGAAUUCUACUUUGAAAGAGCCCUGAGGGCUUAAUGACCCCCUUUGUAAGUGAGAAGUCAUUCUUGUCAUUUUAAUCAUUCGAUAAGUGAUACUGCUGGAUUAACUGCCUUGGGUUGACAGCUGGAGGAGUUGUUUUGGACCACACUAAAAGUCUCCUUGAAUUUAUGUCUUAGUUUUAUUUUCAGUUCUGCUAAAUAAAAUGAGUCUGCAUUUA